CUGCCUGUCUCGUCCUGGGUUGUAUGAUUUUUCCUGAUGGCUGGGAUUCAGAUGAGGUAAAACGGAUGUGUGGUGAAAAGACAGACAAGUACACGCUGGGGGCUUGUUCAGUCCGCUGGGCAUAUAUCCUGGCAAUUAUUGGAAUCUUGGAUGCCCUGAUCCUCUCAUUUCUGGCAUUUGUGCUUGGCAACAGACAAGACAGCUUGCUAGCAGAGGAGCUCAAGUUGGAAAACAAAGGUAUCAUGUCCACCAUGAGCUACAAGGAGGUCUAA